GUGUUUACCUUGCUGAAUUCGAAGCAAAGUACAACCGAAAUUGUAUUAGAGCACCUCGUCCUUUUAGCUUACGCUUGCCGAGUUUGAGCUUCUAGUCCUAGAGGAGUGUUUGUUACUCAAAAAUCUUCCUAGUGUUUUAGUUCAACAAUCACAAAUUCAGGUAACCCCAUGAGUUGUACUUUUGGUUUAAGUGAGUUGUUUGACAUAGUAGUAACUCCUUCAAACUUAGGGUUAAGUUUAGUUAGGGAGGUUAGGAUUAGAUCAAAGAGUGAAAUAGAAUGUGAAGGAGAGAUUAUAGAGGAUCCUAAUUAUUCUCCACCUCCUACCCCUUGUAGUGAGAGUUACGAGAUGGAAGAGAUGUCUGAAGGGAGUGGAGGAAGUGGGAGAAGUGGGGAGGAAGAAGGAGAGGUGAUUCCAUCUACCAUCCUAGAUGUUGAUAAUAGCCGGGGUAAGUGCUACAACGAGGUGGAGGACAUGGUAGGAGAAGUGAUGGGAUACGACUGGGACCAGGAACGAGCUUACUUAGUUCCAAAUGAUCAUUGGAUGCUUUUGUAUGCUUACUACAUGGUGGCUGGGCUCAGAUGUCCAAUUCCAGAGCUGUUGGUUGCACUACUAAAAAAUUAUGGUCUAAGACUGACACAGCUUAUCCCUGAUGUAGGAGGGAGUAAUAAGGAGAAAGGAUGGUUUUACUUCACACCUCGAAUGGUAGGAGAGUGUGGGAGAACAGAUGCAGAGGUGGAAGAGCUCUGUAGGUGGAAGAGGAAGAAAAUGAACUCGAACAAGUAUAAACUUAGUGAGGGAGAGUAUAAAGAGGUGGAGAGGUUGAAAAUGGGGGAUGAGGAGGUAGCAGACAUCAUGCACCUCACCAGCCUUGAGAUGCUAGAUGCGAUUGAGGUCUAUGGGAAGAGCUCACUAAGUGGAGAGAUGAACCAACUUAUGAUUAGGGGUAAGACCGUGAGGCUCCUUGAGAAAAGGUCCAAGACCCCUACUCUAGUGACGGUGGAGGAGAGAGUGGAGGGUGGGACUUCAAGACCCCAUCAAAGUGGAGAAGCUUAAGCUAAAACGGGGCCCAGCUUGGAGUAGAGAAGGAGGAGGGCUGAGGAGUAGGCUACAACCCGUAAGAAGAGGAGGGUGGAAGAGGCAUAGUAGCCUUAACCUGAGGCCUGGAUUGAGUUUGUGCCUUAGCCUUCGUCCAUGCACAUUGAUCCAGCUUUAUGAGAGGUGAGGGUUGUUACACAUGGGAGGGGGAAGAGCUCUGUUUCUCUGUCGAAGUAGAGGUCCCGCUUUUUUGACUCUAGCAAGACCACUGCUAAGCAUUUUAUUAAAUCCACCUUCCUAAA